AUGGCAGACGUGUUAGCUCACAAAUUAAUGUCCACCAACAUAAGUGAUGCAGGCCCACGGGCGGAAGACUGGAAAUCUGGCUUGGUCAUUCCCACCAAAGAUACGCGACAACAGACAGAGGACGUUACCGCAACCAAAGGCCUUGAGUUCGAAGGAUUUGGACUUAAGAGAGAAUUACUAAUGGGAAUUUUUGAAGCUGGGUUCGAAAAACCCUCUCCAAUUCAAGAAGAAGCAAUUCCCGUAGCACUUACUGGACGCGAUAUACUAGCCCGAGCAAAAAAUGGUACGGGCAAAACUGCAGCUUUCGUGAUUCCAGCUCUUCAACGCAUCAAUCCUAAAAGCAAUAAGAUUCAAGCAUUAAUUUUAGUCCCCACUCGAGAGCUUGCUAUGCAGACUUCUCAGGUUUGCAAGACCCUAGGUAAUAAACUUGGAGUCAAUAUUAUGGUCACAACUGGCGGAACUUUCUUACGUGACGAUAUUGUGCGUUUAUCAGAAGCAGUUCACGUCGUUGUAGGAACCCCAGGAAGAAUUCUCGACUUAGCCGGAAAAGGGGUUGCAGAUCUGAGCGAAUGUCCCACCUUUAUUAUGGAUGAAGCCGAUAAACUACUCUCGCCUGAAUUUACACCCGUCAUUGAACAGCUUCUUCAAUUCCAUCCCAAAAAUCGGCAAGUCAUGCUAUUCAGUGCUACUUUUCCGAUAACCGUCAAAACUUUCUCAGACAAGAAUAUGGCGGACCCGUACGAAAUCAAUCUCAUGGACGAGUUAACCCUACGUGGUAUAACCCAAUAUUAUGCAUUUGUCGAAGAGCGCGAGAAGGUUCACUGCUUAAAUACUUUAUUCUCAAAACUACAAAUAAAUCAAUCAAUAAUCUUCUGUAAUUCAACUAAUCGCGUCGAGCUCCUGGCAAAAAAAAUCACUGAGCUGGGUUAUUCCUGUUUUUACAGUCAUGCUCGUAUGUUGCAAAACAACCGCAACCGAGUAUUUCAUGAUUUCCGCAAUGGCGUGUGUCGUAAUCUUGUCUGCUCAGAUCUUCUAACGCGUGGAAUCGAUAUCCAAGCCGUCAAUGUCGUAAUUAACUUUGACUUCCCAAAAAAUGCAGAGACAUAUCUACAUCGAAUUGGCAGAUCUGGUCGAUUUGGCCAUCUUGGACUCGCGAUAAACCUAAUAAAUUGGGAAGAUCGCUUUAACCUUUACAAUAUUGAGCGGGAGCUAGGUACUGAAAUUCAAGCCAUACCUGCUACCAUUGAUCGGAACCUUUAUGUUUACGAUAGCCCUGAAAAUAUACCAUGUCCAGCUGCCAAUCACCAACCCAAGCAGUCAACGCGCGACCACGGCCAGCGCCAACAUGUUGGAAAUACUCGUAAUAAUAACCAGAAUACUGCGCGCCGAAAUGAAGCAGGCAAAGAACAAGAACAAAAUAAUGAUCAGACCCUACGUCAAAAUCAGAAUGCCGGUCAAAGUAGCGUUUCUUCGACCACCGGUGCUCGACAAGAGCACAAUAAUCGACGAGGUGGCCACAGGCAACAGAAUGGCUACGGGGGGCAUCGUGGCCGAAGGCAACCCGCACCGGCCAACAAGCCUUCCCAUGCGGCAUGA